CGUGUCUGAGUUGCGUAUAGCAUCCACUGCAUGCGCUGCUCGAUCGCUAGGCGUUUGGAUCGUGUCUCAUCCUCUUUCAGAUCAAGGUGGCUAUCAACUGAAUCUAGUGUAGAGUCAAACAUCGCGGUACAUGGAGACUCUCCUGUGCAGACAUCAGGUCCUCUUGAGCAUUUGAGCCGUCAAUUCCACAUCCUGCCACCUGUCAGCUUCUUGGACGGCUCCUCAGCGCCUACAGCGUUGCAAUGGAUGCGUCGGAGGGGACCGGCAAUGUCAGAGGGAGCAAGGCGGAAGCUUGCAAGGCAGCGGCGCAUGCGGCUGUUUGAUCAGGAUGACAAGGGACUGAAGCGUGUGGCUGCCAGCACGCUAUUGCCUGAAGGAGCACGCUUGCUGAUUCCCAAGGCCACCUCUCCAGAUCACGAGCAGCCAGGGUUAGGGAGAUCCUCUGCUGCGGAACUGCUCGAGUCAGAUGCAGAGGUUGUGCCAAAGCGCAUACGGCAGCUGGAGGCGAAGCUGGCGGAGCACGUGCAGCGGCGCGUCCUGCACUCGGACGCGGAGCUGCUGGUGCUGAAUAAACCGGCAGGGCUUCCAGUGCAGGGCGGGGACGGAAUCCACGUCUCCCUCGACUCCCUCCUGCCCCACCUUCGCCUGGGCAGCACAGAAACCCCCAGGCUGGUGCACCGGCUGGACCGCAACACCAGCGGCGCACUGGUGGUUGCGCGCACGGUGGACGCGGCGGCGUGGCUCUCCGCGGCCUUCCGGCAGCCGGCAGAGGGCCUGCAGACGGCGGCUGCCGGCCAGGCGCGCGCGUUUAGAGGCGCACCCUCCAUCGAGAAGCACUACCAGGCCAUAGUGGAGGACGGCCCCGGUCUGCAGGAGGACCGCGGUUUCAUCGGCGGCCGGUUGCCGGGGCCAGGCGGCAGGGACGCGGGCCAGCGUGCCCUGACCAAGUACGAGGUGCUGGGCCGCUCUGCGGAGGGCUUUGCCUGGCUCGCUCUGCAGCCCGUCACAGGCAUGCUUCUGGCUGAUGCCCCUGGAGUUUGCCGUUGCUGCUCUGUCCAGUCCCCUGACACAGGCAGGCGCAAGCACCAGCUGCGGAAGCACUGCGCGGAGCUGGGGGCGCCGGUGGUUGGGGACGGCCGUUACGGGCGCUUACGGUCCCCUGCGCAGCUGCGCCUGCGGCAGCUUCUGAAAGAUGCACCCGCGCCUGAACAGGACGCUGAUGAGGCAGAGCUGGAUCGCCUGCUGCGCUGCGACUCGCACCUCCUUCUGCACUGCUGCCGGAUUGUCAUCCGUCGGUCAGGCAACCGGUAUGUAGAUGUUGCCGCGUCCCCGAGCCAGCACAUGCAGAGGGUGCUGAAUGUGCUGUUCCGCCGCAGCAAUGAGAAGCGACGCUGGACCUGGGCGGAGAAACGAGCUGCGCGGAUUGAGAGGGAGAAGGUGGUUGACAAGCAGCUGAAGAAAAAAUGGAAGGUGGCCCGGAAGAACAGGAGGGGGCGCCAGCGCAGUGCAAGGAGACACUUGGGCAUAGAACGUCCGUUCGUUGCUCUAGAUGUGUGAGGAUGCAAUGUACCAUAUAUGAGUGAACAAGUGAAAUCGCUGUGAGAAGUCUCUCUUGUGGAGAGCAUUGUGCUUCUCAACAGUGCCAGUGAUCACAAGUGUGUUCCUUCAAACAUGCCCUAUACAUGCAAACAGAGGUACGUAGAGUCCCUGACAUCCAAAGAGAUACAAAACAUUUGAUGUAAGCCCUGAGGCCGCUGC